UUCGUAAGAUACUGCUGCUGAUUGGUCUGAAGUCUGAACUGAGCUCAUGGAGACUGUUUCGACAAAUGAGGUUUCUGGUAAGGGCGCGAUGUGGGAGCUGGAAAGGAAUCUCGAUCAGCCCAUGGAUGCAGAGGCCGGGAGACUGAGGAAUAUGUACAGAGAAAAGACCUACCCAACAAUUUUGCUGCUGCGUCUAGCCUUCCAAAGCCUUGGCGUGGUAUUUGGAGACUUAGGCACAUCGCCUCUUUACGUUUUCUAUAACAUCUUUCCUCAGGACAUAGAAGACACGGAGCAAGUGAUUGGAGCGCUCUCGCUUAUUAUCUACUCCCUUACCCUGAUUCCCCUUGUCAAAUAUGUGUUCAUUGUCUUGAGGGCGAACGAUAACGGCCAAGGUGGAACAUUUGCUCUUUAUUCGCUGCUUUGCCGGCACGCAAAGAUAAACAUUAUUCCCAACCAACAUAGAACAGAUGAAGAUCUAACAACAUACGAGUAG